CCCCUGAUAUAAAGCGAGAAAGAGGGAGCAUUCGCUGCGAGGGGAAACAAAGAGAAGGGUGCAACGCGAGGGUUCGAACGGAAGUAAAACGGGGUGCAGAAAAAGCGAUGAAGAGAAAGGAAGAAAGCGGGGAAUGCUCGGAGGGGAAAUAGAUACUCUAGGCAUUCUGCGCACAAACAAAUACAGAAUGCUACUGUGCUGUAAAGCGUGACGAGGAGAGCGUCAAACUACAGAGAAACGCCCGCAAACACGCGGAAGAUGGUGGUGUCUCUUCGCGAACGAUGAAGACAGAGAUAUUGCCGGCAAGCUUGGUACCGUCGGUGCAGUAAACCGUCAACAAGGACGGACGCACCACUGGCAUAGAUGAAGUAGAUGAAGACGGAAAUACUACGGCGUGGGCGGCGGUACUAUCGUUGUGCAGUACAGUAGACAAGGACGAAGGUAUCGUCGUUGCGACGAGCUGAAUAAAGACGGGAGGAUCGUCGACACUAAAGUUAACAAGAACAGAGAUAUCGUCGAUGCAAUGAAGUAGACAAGGACGGGAGCACCGUGGAGACGAGGUCGGCGGUACUGUCGGUAUGAUCACGAAGACGAGGACGGAAGCAUCGUCGGCGUGUCGUGGCCGACGAGGAUGAGGCUAGAGAGUGAGACGAGAGAGAAGGCUAAAGGGCGAGGAGAGAGGCAGGAAAACGGGGUGGCCGCGUCUGGCUAGCUCGAGACACCACUCCCCACUCGGUCUGGCCGCUCUCUCCUCUAGCUUCCUCUCUUUCUCUCUCUCCUCUUUCAGUGUUCGUUCGAACGCGGCCCGGUACGGUUCUAUCUACCCCGUGGUGUCGAAGGGUCCGCUUCGUGAUGGGAGCUCACUGCCGCGGUGGUAUCGGCGGGUUCCCUCGGUAGCCGGUUCCCAACGCCGAUGCACUUUCCUCAGGGCGGCCCGGUUCUAGUUUAUCUCUCCGGUGAGGGCAAGUGUGUGUGUGAGGAAGAAGAUUAACGGAGCAGGAGUGCGUGAGUGCAAGGAAAGAUAGAACAGUGAGAAAGAAGGAGAGAGGGAGAGAGAGAGAGAGAAAAAAAAGAGACAAAAAACCUGCCUGAUAAGCAAACAAUAUUCAAGAAUUGGUAAACAAAGCUAAUUAAUAAAAAGAUUGGAGAAAUUAGCUUCAACUAAUCAAAGACACUGCAAUUCGACGCUGUAAUUAUUAUUGUUCGUGAGAAAGCUCCGAAGCAUCAUCCCCUUCUUGUCAGUAACAACGAGCAUAUCUAUAUCACGCGCGCGAUCGCGAUUCGUCGGAAUUUUAUGCAUUCUGCACUAAAUUUUGCUCCGCUGGUGUCAGUGUCAAUGUGACAGAAAGCAAAAAUCGUAAAGGAAGAGCGGUAAAAAAAGAAAAAAUUAACAACGAGUCUUCAAGUUUAAAUUAUUUCUCUCGAGAUUCAAAAGCAGAAAUUUGCUUCGCUUCUCUGCUACUUUUUUUCAGAGACGUUUUCUGCAAGAUAACACCGUAAGAAAAUCGCUCGUCAUUCUGAAUGAGAAACGAAAAAACCUAACGGAACUUUUUUCGCAAAAUAAAACCGACUAGACUGUUAGAAGAUCACACCAAAUUCCAGCUGCAGUUUUCGAGACACGCAACUCGGGCAAAAUGAUGGGAAAUUACUCGGUGCGCUGCGAGCCGGGCCUAGUGAUGCCGCUCUGGCGUCCGGUGGAAAACCUGCAUCUAAUUGACAUCAUCUUUCGAGGCCUGGUGUACUUCCUGUUGUUGUAUCUGUUCAUCGGCGUGUCGAUCAUCAGCGAUCGCUUCAUGGCGGCUAUCGAGGUGAUUACGUCCAAGGAGAAAGAGCUUGUGGUGCGUCGUCAGGGCAGAGAGCCGCAGAUCGUCGUGGUGCGAGUGUGGAACGAGACGGUGGCCAAUCUGACCUUGAUGGCGCUCGGCAGCAGCGCUCCUGAGAUUCUGCUGUCCAUUAUCGAGAUUUGGGCGAAGAAUUUCCAGGCUGGCGAGCUAGGUCCGGGUACGAUCGUCGGCUCCGCCGCCUACAAUCUCUUCGUCAUCAUUGCUUUAUGCGUAUUCGUGAUUCCUAACGGAGAGACCCGAAAGAUAAAGCAUCUGCGUGUGUUUUUCGUCACGGCCACUUGGAGCAUCUUCGCUUACGUGUGGCUCUACAUUAUCCUGGCGGUCUCCAGUCCGGGUGUGCUGGAGGUCUGGGAAGGCAUACUGACCUUCUCUUUCUUCCCGGCCACAGUUUUGACGGCUUACGUCGCCGAUCGACGGCUGCUGAUCUACAAAUAUCUGAACAAGGGCUACCGAAUGAACAAGCGGGGUGUGAUCGUACAGGCGGAGGCCGGGGAUUCCGAGGUGGGGGUGGAGCUGGAGAUCAAGCCUCAACAAGAUGGUCUCCACGGCAUGGUGGACCGCCUGGCCGAUGCUGACUCCCCUGAAGCGCGGGAGUUCGAGCAAACUCGAAGAGACUACAUUAAUACUUUGAAAGAAUUGCGCAAAAAGUACCCUGCUCUACCGCUGGAACAAUUGGAAGUCAUGGCUCACGAAGAGGUACUGGGUAAGGGCCCGAAGAGCAGGGCUUUUUACAGAGUGCAGGCUACGAGAAAAAUGGUGGGCGCGGGGAAUCUUAGUAGGAAGAUCAGCGAAAGAGCGCAAAGUGACCUCAGCGAGGUCAAGGCCGAGUUGCAGAAAGCGGAAGCCGAGAGUAUCGACAUUGAACACGUCAAUGCCAUGAGAGUGUUCUUUGAACCCGGUCAUUAUACCGUGAUGGAGAACGUCGGAACCUUCGAAGUGGGAGUUACUAGAGCUGGAGGCGAUCUCAGCAGACCCUGCAGUGUGGAUUAUUGCACGGAGGAUGGUUCCGCCGAAGCAGGAUCUGAUUAUGUCAGCGCUAAAGGCACUCUAAACUUCGCACCUGGCGAAACCAAUAAGACCAUCAAGCUCUCUGUUAUCGAUGAUGAAUUGUUUGAAGAAGACGAGCAUUUCUACGUUAGGCUCAGUAACGUGUCACAGCCAGCAAUGCUCGUCUCGCCAAGCCUGGCGACAGUAAUGAUUUUGGAUGAUGAUCACAGCGGCAUAUUUGGUUUCCCUGAAAGAGACGUGGAGCUAGUGGAAAGUGUGGGCCAGCAUCCCCUACGAGUGAUACGCUACAGUGGGGCCCGAGGUCGUGUUAUCAUUCCCUAUCGCACUGUGGAGGGCACCGCAAAACCCGGCAAGCAAUACGUGCAUACCGAAGGCAGUCUAACUUUCGAAGAUAAUCAGACAGAGAAAUUCCUUAACCUGGAAAUAAUCGAGGAAGAUUCUUACGAGAAAGAUGCACUUUUCUACGUUGAAUUGAACGACCCAAUGCUGCAAGGAGCGGAGGCAGGAAUCGCGGCAGCGGCGGAGAUGAAACAACCGGAGGAGAGAACAGAAGAAGAGAAAAUGGCGUUAUUGGGCAGACCGCGGCUGGGUGAGGUAACCCGAGCUCAGAUCAGGAUCAAAGAGUCCAAGGAGUUCAAGAACACUGUGGAUAAGCUCGUCCAGCGGGCAAAUGCCUCCAUAAUACUCGGCACAAGCUCUUGGAAGGAACAAUUUACGGACGCGCUGACCGUUAGCGGAGGCGAUGAGGACGAAGAAGGUGGUCGACCUUCUUCACCAUCAGCGAUGGAUUAUCUUAUGCAUUCGCUCACCAUCUUCUGGAAGGUUCUCUUUGCUUUCGUCCCACCUACUGAUAUCGCCAGCGGUUAUCUGUGCUUCAUCACCAGUAUCUUAGGAAUUGGUGUCGUGACGGCGGUAAUCGGCGAUGUCGCUUCGUACUUUGGUUGCACCUUAGGCAUCAAGGAUUCUGUCACCGCGGUGGUUUUCGUCUCUCUCGGCACUAGCAUCCCCGAUACAUUCGCGAGCAAGGUGGCCGCUUGCCAGGACAAGUAUGCCGAUGCGAGCGUGGGCAAUGUGACUGGAAGUAACGCGGUAAACGUCUUCCUGGGGAUCGGCGUCGCGUGGAGUAUCGCCGCCAUUUACCGUGCCUGCCACAGCGAACCGUUCCUCGUCGAACCCGGCAACUUAGCCUUCUCCGUCACCAUAUUCUGCAGCGAAGCUUGUAUAGUGAUCGUAGUAUUGCUGGUGAGGCGAAUAAAAUCGAUCGGCGGCGAAUUGGGUGGGCCCUUUGUACCGAAGGUCGUCACAUCCGCGUUCCUGUUCUCCCUCUGGUUACUCUACCUCAUCAUGUCCACCCUUGAGGCCUACGGCGUGAUCCAGGGCUUUUAAAUCAAGGCCCGCACGACGCCAUUACGUCGGCCUACCCACUGCGCGUAUCUUAAGCUCUGGCGUCCGCCAAGGCAUGUGCUCAACGAAACUUCUACCCGGAUAUAGAAGCGGGAUCGCAACGGUACGAUUUCGCAAAGAACGCGAAUUCUAACUGUGCUGAGAAUUCACAUAAGUUCGCUCCCAACCUGAGACGAGCGUGGUUAACAACGAACAUGAUCGCGUGAUCUAUUUAAUGCGUGUGGAUAAUAUGUGUAUGUAUGUGUAGAUAUAUCUGAGAGCGUGAGUGUGCUUGUGAGUGCAUCCAACGAAGGGAAGAGAGAAAAUCAAGCGAAGGAAAGAGUAAACGAAGAAAGGAAAGAGACAAUGGAGAAGGAGAAGUGUGUGAAAAAAGUGAGUUUGCCUUAUAAUAAUCCAAAGAAAAAAGAAAAAAAAAGAAAUUAAGUGCGUUCUAGUCAUGCCAUGCUCUUCAUAAAGAGGAUCUGGCUGAUAUCAAAGAAAUGAAAGAAGAAAAGUGAAGAAAUAUAGAUAGUAUACAUAUGUACUGGGUCAAAUUGUGGGUACGUAUGCGUACAUAGUGUAUUUAUUUAAUCCUUUAAGGAAUACAGGUUUCUAUGGUA